ACCCGAACCCAACACAACUCGUAAAAUAGUAAUUGAGUUUAAACCCACACCCGACCCGACCCAUAAUCCGUAAAUGCGGAUUGGGUCGAAUAGGAUACCGUGAGUUCGAGUUAUGUACUUAUGUUGCAUCCCUAAUCUCUACCCGGCUAUCCCUCCUCCAAAAGAAAAAUCCGCAGAUUCGACUACCUUCGGGUAUUCAAAUCACCGUUAUCAGCUGUUUCCGUCGUCCAGCCACCACCACCAUCUGUCUUCUGCAGUUCUGCUUCUUCUACUGCUGCUCCUAUUGUCGUCGGCGGCGGCUUUGUUGGGAGUAGGAAUCUCCGACUAUCGGUUGGACGGUUGCAUCCAAUUUCUCCCUCAAAUUUCCCAAAGCCUUAGAAAUGAUGAGAGGGGUGGGCGGACCGCUGCUUUGCAUUGGCGAUUUGCUGAGCGAUCUUGCAGAGAAACACGAAGACGAUCAACCUCAUCCUCCUCCUUCGUCUUCGUCUUCUCCACGUGCGGAGGUUCCAGAUUCCAUCCACUCUCCGCCGCUUCAUUUACCACCAACCGACCUACCCAAGCUUUUCCAGGAAAACUACGAGCAAUUGAACCAGGCGCUAGAAGGGAGUGAUCCUGCAUGGACGGCCUUGACACUGAAGCUUUGCACUGCUGUGGAAACUGCAAACAAAUUGGUCCAAUCCACCAACUCGAACGCUAGAUUGCUGUCUGAGAAAGUUGCAGAGAUGGAGAAAGUCGUCAAGAGAGGCGAUUCCGAUGUAGCAGCAGCCAAGGUUAUCCCAAUCACCCUUGGCCAAAAGGGCAGACCCCAAACUUAUAGCCCUACUCCGGAAGCUCAUUGAUCCAAGCGUAACUUCUUUCCUUUUCUCCUCUUUUAUUUUGAUGCUUUUGAAUUCUCUGCCCGUGUCACUUGAACCAAAGAAUUGCCGAGCUGAGCUAACAGAUUAGUUUUAAUACCCAACAUUUACUUGGUUCUUAGUUGGAAUGUAAAACCAAGAUCCUUUACCGAAUUGCAAUCAACACAUUACUUUCUGGGAUACUUGGCCUAAGACUUGCUUUUCUUGUACGUAUUGUGGUUUGAACAUUAUGGGAAGUUAUACAGAGCAAUUGGAUGGAAAUAGUAUAGGCUACUUAUUGCAACAUGCUCAGGCAGCAGUUUGCAUGUACUUCACACGAGACUCAGUAUUCUUGUGUGUUGGUUUAUGCGCUGCAGUCUGUAGGUCAUUCCAUCUUUACUUAGAAUCGAUCUCUCUAUCAAAUUAAGUGUUUAACAUUCUUUUUCUUUCACCACAUUAUGGCCUUGUGCUUGAUCUUGGCCUUCUGUUGCACUGUCAAACACACACAGACACACACACACAAGCUGUUCUUGCCUUUGGAAGAAGCUGUUGGUGUGUGUUUCUGUAACUCCUCCUGAUAAGAGGAUUUCCCUUGCAAAUCCUAGCUUUAAGAAGGAUUGGAAAGGUGCUGGCUCUCUCUCCAUUUGCUUCUGUGCCUUGACUGUCAUGUGGACCACGUAUCGUCGGAACUCUAUAGCAUGCAUGAUGUCACGAUUAAGACCAUCAACAAAUCUCAUCGUUGUGGCUUGUGGGCUCACUCUCGAUCCUCCUUCACAUUUGUCGCAGAUCCUCGAUGCAAAAUUUGAGUUGUGCAAAUCACGUUAGAUGUUUGGAUGUUUGUACUGUUUUACUUAAAAAAGCAAGCCAUUGUGGUUCUGUUUUGGAAGACAAUCUUAGUCUAAUUUAUGAAGUAAAUUGUCAUUGAUUAUGUUCUUCCAAUUGUAUUGAAUGUGGAAAUUUAAUGCAGUAAUUGGGUUAAAAACCCAAUGCAGUAAUUGGGUUAAAAACUCACGUUUGGGGUUUGGCAGCGCAAAAAGGGUAUGGGAAUUGGACCGUGGAAAUUGGCUUCAAUUACCACAUUCAUUGUAAUUGAGAAUACUACAUCUCCGCCUAGUAAUUUGACAUUACCACGUAUUCUUCCUUCUAUUUCCAAAUGUGUCCCUAUGUCCUUCCUCUCCUUUCUUUCUUUGUUUUUUUUUUUUUGAUAAGGGUGAUAUAGGUUUCAUUUUGUAAUUAAGGUACUACUUAAGUGAUUCGAACUUGGAACCUCCUUUCUUUCUUACUCCUUCUUCGUGUUCGCCUAACUAUUUCUUAAAAGAGUAGCCCUUUCUUUUUCAUUCAUCAAUGGUACCUCUUCUUCUUCAUCUCCCCUCACCUUCGUAUAUCUCCUAUAAUCCGUCGUCAAUUUCUUAAUUUUGGAUUCGCUUAAUUAUCUCAUUCACCGUCAAUUUUCCUACUUCUCCUCAUCGAAUUCGCCUAAACACUUUUAAUAUCCGUAUUUAAUGAAUUAAAUUGUUAACU